UUCUUCUAUACGAUUGUGAUCAAAAACGAAAACAACAACGAAAAAAAACAAUAAUAAAAUUUAGUGAACAAUCAAAAAAAAAGAUGGCCAUUUCAGAUUUUAAUCGAGACCAAAUGGUCUAUCCAAGUGAUGAUUAUAAAAAAGAUGCCUACAUUAAUAAUAUGGAAGAAUAUAGACAAUUAUAUAAAUUAUCAAUUGAAGAUCCGGUCAAAUUUUGGCAUAAUUUUAGUAAAAAUUUUCAUUGGGAAAUACCUCCAAGAAUUGAUGAUUUUCUUGAUUAUAAUUUUGAUCUAUCAAAAGGACCAAUAUUUACUAAAUGGAUGAAAGGUGCACGUACAAAUAUUUGUUAUAAUGCAUUGGAUCGUCAUGUUCAUAAUGGCCUCGGUGAUCGUAUUGCAUAUUAUUGGGAAGGAAAUGAAACACAUGAAUCUCGAAGUAUUACCUAUACACAAUUAUUGAAAGAAGUGUGCAAAUUUGCCAACUUUUUACUAAGCAAAGGUGUUAAAAAAGGUGAUCGUAUUGCCAUAUAUAUGCCAGUUACUAUCGAUCUUGUUGUUGCCAUGCUUGCUACUGUUCGUAUUGGUGCCGUACAUACAGUUGUUUUUGCCGGAUUCUCUGCCGAAUCAUUAUCUGAACGUAUAAUUGAUGCACGUUGUUCAAUUCUAGUUACAAUGGAUGGUUCAUAUCGUGGAAAAAAAUUUAUUCCAUUAAAAGAUUUAGCUGAUAAUGCAUUGGAAAUAUGUCGUAAAAAAUAUCAUAAAAUUAGAUGCUGCAUCGUACAAAGACAUUCGAAUGCAUGCCAAGGCAACAUUAUUAAUGGCAUUGAAAAUGGCAAAGUUUCAUCAGACAUUAAUAAUAAUUUUCCAAUCAAUUGGAAUUGCGACAUCGAUAUCUGGUGGCAAUCGGCUAUACAAAACAUGUCCGAUCGUUGUGAGCCUGUUUGGAUUGAUGCCGAAGAUGAUCUAUUCAUUCUAUAUACAAGUGGAAGUACUGGAAAACCAAAAGGUGUAUUGCAUACGUUAGGCGGCUAUAUGGUUUAUGCGGCAACAACAUUUAAAUAUACAUUUAAUUAUACACCAGAUGAUGUAUUUUUUUGUACUGCUGAUCUUGGUUGGAUUACCGGUCAUACUGUUAAUGUAUAUGGUUCAUUAGCUAAUGCAGCAACAAUUGUUUUGUUUGAAGGAACACCAUUUUAUCCAUAUCCAGGAAGAUUAUGGGAAAUUAUUGAUAAAUUACAAGUAAGCAUAUUUUAUACGGCACCAACAGCAAUACGAUCAUUGAUGAAAUAUGGUGAUGAACAUGUGAAAAAAUAUAAACUUGAUUCAUUAAAAUUAUUGGGUACGGCUGGUGAACCAAUUAAUGAAGAAGCAUGGUGUUGGUAUUAUAAAGUUGUUGGUAAACGUCGUUGUCCAAUUGUUGAUACAUUUUGGCAAACUGAAACGGCUGCACCAAUGUUGACACCAUUGCCUGGUUGUACGCCAACCAAACCUGGAUCGGCAACAUUACCAUUUUUCAGUAUUGCACCGGCAAUUGUUGAUUUUAACGGUAAAGAAAUUGAAGGACCAGGAAAUGGUAUAUUAGUGAUUAAAAAACCAUGGCCAAGUAUAGCGCGUACUGUUGUCGGUAAUCAUGAACGUUAUGAAAUGACAUAUUUUCAUAAAUUCAAAGGAUAUUUUAGUACUGGUGAUGGCUGUUAUCGUGAUCAGGAUGGUUAUUAUUGGAUUACUGGCCGUGCCGAUGACAUGUUGAACGUAUCCGGUCAUUUAUUAUCAACUGCACAGGUUGAAUCAGCAAUUGUUGAACAUAAAGCUAUUGCUGAAGCAGCUGCCGUAUCAAGUCCACAUCCAAUUAAAGGCGAAUGUAUAUAUUGUUUUGUCGUUUUACAUAAUGAUUAUGAAUUUACUCCGGAAUUGGAAAAAGAUAUUAAAGAUCGAGCACGUGAAAAAAUCGGUGCAUUAGCUGCACCCGAAGUAAUACAUCCAAUCAGUGCAUUACCAAAAACACGUUCGGGUAAAAUAAUGCGCCGUAUUCUAUCAAAAGUCAUACGUAAUGAUACAGAUUUAGGUGACAUUUCAACAAUGGCCGAUGAAUCAAUAUUGGAAGAAUUAUUUACAACAAGACAUUUAUAUUCAAUUGUUGCCCUUGAUUGAAAAUUCAUUCAUUCAUUCAUUCAUUAAUCAUUAUUUUCAUUCGAUCAUCAUUCCAUUAAUACAAAAUUA